AUGUCACGGACCUACAUCGUAUACGAGUUGCUGCGCCGCGUCCGCUACGCCGACGAUGACAAGAUGAAGUUCGGCAUCCAACGACUCAUCAGCAAUGGGACCUACGAUGACGGAUUCCCCUUGCAUGAUGGAAGAUACGACAAGGAUCCUCCCAAUGGAACACUCAGCACUAGAAGGCUGCUGUACCAAGAGUGGGCACGUCCUCUCUGUUGGUACAAGCGCCAGCCGCUGUGGCUGGUCCGCAAGUACUUCGGCGAUCAGAUCGGUCUCUACUUCACCUGGUUGGGCUUCUACACGAAGAUGCUCAUCCCGGCGGCCAUCGUCGGUGUCAUCUCCUUUCUCUUUGGGAUCAUCAGCCUUCAAGAUAAUAUUGCUAGUACGGGGAAGGAAUUCUGCGACUUGUCACGUAAUUUGUCAUCUGUCAUUGUUAGCCGAGACAUCUGCGACGAGAAUGGGCCUGGGAAUUUCACAAUGUGCCCGUUGUGCGAUAAAGCAUGUCAUUAUUGGAAGCUGAAGGACAGCUGCACCUUCUCCAAAUUCACAUUCCUUUUUGACAACCCUGCCACUGUAUUCUUCUCCAUCUUCAUGGCGUUCUGGGCCACAAUGUACUUGGAGCUCUGGAAGCGGAAGCAGUCCAUCAUCGCAUGGGAAUGGGAUCUGGACGGUUUCGAGGAGGAGGAGGAUGCUAGACCGGAAUUUGAAGCCAAGGUCUCUCAGGAUUUUCCUUUCUUUCUGAUUCGCCGUUCAGUUCCACUAGCGAAGAGUACUCGAUUGAACCCGGUGACUAUGCAAUAUGAGCCCUAUCUCACGCGCCUCGAGAAAUUAUUGCGACUCUUCACCGUCUCCUCGUUCGUCUUUUUUCUGCUGUUCCUGGUGAUCGGGGCCGUGUUCGGGGUGAUAGUGUACCGUAUUACCAUAAUCGCCGUCCUCAAUUCGAGCACCGUGGAUAUGUUCAAGACGAACGCCAAGCUUGUUGCCUCUCUCACGGCUGCUGUCAUGAGUUUAUUCGUCAUUGAGAUCCUCAACUGGGUCAGUGCCCUCUUAGUUUUCGCCAGGCUAGCUCUCGUGUUUGUAUUCCUUUUGUAUAUGAAAGUAGCAGAAUACCUCACAAACAUGGAAUUGCCUCGGACACAAACGGAAUUUGAGAACUCCUACACGUUCAAGAUGUUCCUGCAAGACCGGGAUUCCUCGACUCAUCCAUUCCCAGAAAAUUUUAAAAUGGUUAUCACUGUAGAUUCCUUACAGGGUCGAUUCUUUGGGUAUCCGGGGAACACAGGCGCACGCAAGUCCUUCAGCUACGACCUCUGUGACCCAGCCGGAUGCCUCUUCGAGCUGUGCAUCCAGCUCUGUAUCAUCAUGGUUGGGAAGCAGGCUCUCAACAACUUUCAGGAAUUGGCUCUCCCGACGGUGAUAAAUUGGUGGCGUCGUCGGAUGUGGAGCUCAAGAGCAACUGCAGAAGACCGGGCACAGAAGGUGAAGGAAGAGUUGGCUCCUCGAUGGGAGCAAGACUAUACACUCUCUCCUGUCUCCCAAAUGGCCCUCUUCGAGGAAUACCUUGAGAUGGUCAUCCAGUUCGGGUUUGUGACUCUGUUUGUGGCGGCAUUCCCGCUGGCUCCAUUGUUUGCCCUACUCAACAACAUUGUGGAGCUUCGGCUGGAUGCAUAUAACUUCGUGUGCCAGGUGAGGCGUCCCCUGCCCAAGCGUGCCCAGGACAUCGGUGCCUGGUUUGGCAUCCUGAAGGCCGUCACCUACAUGGCUGUUGUUUGUAAUCAUGAAGAGCCUUUACUAUCCCGGGAAUCUGACUUCCUUACUAGAACACGUAGUAAAAUGGCAGCAACUUCCGAUAUUAACAUGUAUCCUUUCGUAAAUGUUGUUACCCUGAUUAAUCAUGAUUGUGAUCAUAAGUGGAGUGUUUUCUCAUUUCAGGCAUUUGUGAUUGCAUACACAACAGACUUCAUUCCCCGUAUGGUAUAUGAAUAUGGCUAUUCUUCGGACGAAACCCUCCGUGGCUACAUUAAUGCCUCUCUCUCAGUAUUCGACACCACGAAUCCCAACUUCACUGAGGAGUUCCUGGCCGAGGAAGACAGAAACGAGUCAACGACAUGUCGCUACCCUGGAUACCGCAACCCCCCCAAUGACCCAGAUGGCGCUUAUGAGCCCUCGCUGAUGUACUGGCACAUCUUUGCAGCUCGACUCGUCUUCGUAGUCAUUUUUGAGCAUAUGGUGUUCGCCCUGACGGGGAUCCUGGCCUCCAUCGUCCCCGACGUCCCGGAGGCAGUGAAAGUGCAAAUGCAGCGAGAGAGGUUCCUCGCCCGACAGGCCCUGUUCGACACGGAGAAGAAGAAGAUCCAGGCGGAGAAGAAGGAGAAGAACAUGGGGAUGCCCCCACCGGGCGGAUCCUCCCCCCUGUCGACGCGGUCCCCGCGCUCCGUCUCGCCCAUCCUCGUCCCUCCCGAGGAGGUGGACAAGCCCUCUCCCUCCUCGCUGCAUCCGCCGCGAUUCUGACGCCUUCAGUCCGACCCGAGGCAGUUGAACUGGUCGAACCCUGGUUGAACGAUGGCAGGGCUCGCGAUGGUGAUGUGCCUUUCUUGGAGAGGUCUGAUCAUUCAGGAAUUUCUGGAAAACAUUCCAGAAAAGUGAGACCACGUGGAAUAAUUUUAACUUUUGCCUUCAAGACCUACUUUUCUCAGAAAAAAAGCAGAUGCUGUGAUACCAAACGAGCAGAAAGACCGAACAGCCCAGCGCAAGUGUUAAGACGACAUUGCAAAAUUACAAAAUUUAAGAAAUUUGGUAGCAUUCAUCUUUGGAUGCAAAAUAUUCUGUCAUAUUUGUAACAUUUGCAACUUUCCAGAGCGUAUCACAACUUGUCAGCUUUCCCAUGAACUUUCCCAAUUUUUUCUCUCCCGAUUUUUUCACCGCACGUCACCUGCUUGUGACCACAUUUGCAUACAUCAAGACUUGUUUCCAUACAGAAUGGAAUCUCAUAGUCACUUCUUUUCAUAUAUUUAUUUAUGAAUAAUUCUUCACUCAAACGUGCACGCGAAUGAUCCGAAGUUCCAAUUCAGCCGCAGCAGAGAGCUUUGUCUUUAUUAUGUACUCAUAUCUCGCAUAUCUAGAAUAUUUUGGUGUCUUCAUGUAUCCUCGUCUCGAUGUUGAACGGUGCUCAACCUCUUGUCUGAUCGAUAAUUGCCGAGUAUACUCUGCGUUUUUUGACGAGUUUGAACAACUUUCGAGCAGCAGCAUUCUCAUCAGUUCCGGUCUUGCGUUCAUUUCAUAUCGGUAACACGCAAAUUAGGGAUGUUCAUUGUUUUAAGUUGAGUUUGAAUAAUCUGAAGCUUCUUUAUCGUAUACCGUAUUGCUUCCAUUAUACUGUAUUGCCGUAUGUGUUUUGAAACGGGCCUUGGUACCAAGAUUGGUGCCGCGACCACUAGAUGCCUCUACAUGACACACUGUGAUCCAUGCAAUGACAGUGAUGCCAAAACUUGAUAGUCACUUUUGAGAUUUGUGUUUCUCGGGGAGCAUUCGACGAUUUCGAGCAGAACGGAAGAACGGGGAUCCAAGCCCCAUCGGCAAUUCCCGAAUGGUUGAGGUGAUCCAUGCAUGCGUUAAUUCUAGACGUGACAUGAAUACAAAAUACGAAUACAAAAAGAUAUUACGAGAUGUCAGAGUUCAGAUUUAAGAUUACUCGGUGAUCUUUCCAAAUAGGCACCAGGGCCUGACCUCUAAAAGGACGAAUAAGAAUGUAUUUAUAAAGCGCUGAUGUGGUAAGGGAAAGGGAGUUCGUUGACAUUAGUGAUAAGGCGGGGAGAUUGUAUAGCAAUAACAAUAGUUUAGAGAGAGUUUAUUUUUGGCCAAAAUUUAUUGGAUGUCGUUAUGUAACUUUCCCUCGAUCCUAUUUUCCCUCCGGAAUUAUUAUCGUGUCAUAGCAAUUGUGUCAUGCCGUCUGUAAUUCCCCACUGCCUCGAGAAUAAAGUCGUAUUUUCUCUGUCA